UAUGGCAAGCCUUCCAAAGACUUUGAUGAAAUUGUGGUUAUUUUUGUUAUUUAGAGAAUACUUACAUUAAGUCUGUCAUCAUGUCAUUAAAAACGGCCAUAAGACCUACUAUGUUCACAUAUCGAGCUGUUCAUUUUCACAGACAGUUUUUCAAGCUAAACCUUUUCAAAAGACUGUGUUCCUCAAACAGUGACAAUGGAAAAGGACCAAGUGAUAAUGAAAGUAAGAAGUCAUUAAAUAAAGCUGACCUUUUUAUUCCAAACAGAAUAAAGAAACGAAUUGAACAAAAGGGAUUAAGUUUGGAUGAUGUUGAAAUUUACAGAGGUGAGAAAACAUCUGCAUCAUCUCCAGACUUUCUUAACACACAAAGCUUUCCGGAAGAUUUCUCCUCAACAACCACAGAACCAUCAGAUUACCAGUUUCCUUCAGAAUUUGAUAAAUAUAGACAAGAACGCCGCAGACAGGAGAAGCAUGCUUACCGACCAACAUCUAUUGAUCCUGAGGAUACUUCUAUAUUGUUUUUCCCAGGUCAAGGUAGUCAGUUUGUUGGAAUGGGCAAGAAACUUUUGAAAUACCCAGGAGUUGAAGAAAUAUAUCACAGGGCUAGUUCUAUUCUUGGUUAUGAUUUACUCAAUGUGUGUAUCAAUGGACCCAAAGAGACAUUAGACAAAACUUUGUUCUGCCAGCCAGCUGUUGUAGUGACAUCAUUGGCAGCUAUCGAAAAACUAAGAGAAGAAAAUCCAAAGGCCUUGGAACAUGUAGUUGGUUCAGCAGGAUUCAGUGUAGGAGAGAUAACAGCACUUGCAGCCAGUGAAAUGAUUUCCUUUGAUGAUGCAAUACAACUCGUAAAAUUUAGAGCUGAGGCCAUGCAGGUUGCCUCUGACAAGGCAGCGGGUGGGAUGUUAACUGUGAUAUGUAACCACAAGACAAAGCUGAAGACGGCAAUGGUGGCUGCCAAGGAGUAUUGUAGGACUAAGUUGGGCAUUGAGGAUCCCACCUGUAGUAUAGCCAACUUUCUCUGCCUCAAUGUGAAAGUUGUGGCAGGAGACGAUGCUGCCCUUACUUUUCUGGAGCAGUAUGGCAAGGAGUUUGAUAUCGUACGCAUGAAGCGGCUGCCUGUGUCUGGGGCAUUUCACACUGACAUGAUGCGACAGGGUAUUGAAGGAUCCCGAGAAGGGAAAAGAUUUAAGAAGAUGUUCUGGAAUCUUCAGUUAAACAAGCCCAAAUUUCCUGUGCACCGCAAUUAUGACGGCAAAAUAAUUCAAGCAGACGAACAUUUACAGCAGAAGGAGGUGAAUAUGUUAUUGAAGCAGUACAGAACACCUGUGAAGUGGGAACAAACCUUGCACAUCCUGUACACGAGGCCGAAGGAAACUGGCUUCCCGCGCACAUACGAAGUUGGGCCAGGGAAGCAGCUUGGGGUCUUGUUGAAGAAUGUUAAUAAUUUGGCUUAUCAGGGGUACAAGAAUGUUGAAGUUUGAUGUACUGUGUCUUUAUCUUUGAGUUUUUUUAUUGAAUGAGGCUUACUAAUACCUAUUGUUCAGGACAAUAAAAAUAAACCUACAUGAAACCUA